AUGAGUAUCAAAACAGCUGUUGGCAAAGCUGGUCCACAGAAGAUUGGCAAAAUGGUCAAGUUCCACGCAUGGCUUUACGACGUAGCCUCGGGUUUCCGUCAAUCCGCUAAGUGGCUCUAUCUCAAAGUUAAUGGCUCUUAUAUUGCCUCAGCCAACAACACUAACGAGAUGUUUGCCAAUUGGGACGUUUCGAAAUAUGAUCAGAUUGAGAUGUGUUUCUAUCCAACAAACGUCAUAUUCGACCAGCAAUUCGACUGGCAAGCUAGCUUGGAAAUCUGCGGCGUUAGCAGGUUGGCAUCACUCAUAAAAUAA